GUGAGUCGAAACUUUUGUCCUCUGAACGAUGCAGGCGAAGUCGGAGAUUUUAGCACUGGUCUUGGGCGCCAUCGGGCUGUGUGGGACAAUAGCCACCACUGCUCUGCCCACAUGGAAGAUUUCUGCCUUCAUUGGUGCCAACAUCAUUGUCAUGGAGGAACUCUGGGAGGGCUUGUGGAUGAACUGCUACAGACAAGCCAACAUUAACAUGCAGUGCAAGGUUUAUGACUCACUGCUAACUCCACCAGAGCUGCAGGCUGCGAGGGGGCUCAUGUGUGUCUCCAUAGUCCUGGUUGUCAUUUCCUUGGUCCUCACAGGAUGUGGGAGCCAGAAGAACAGCUGCUUAGGUGAUAAUUUAAAGAGCAAGAACAUCAUCUUGGCCUUGGGGGGGAGUGUGUUCCUGCUUUCCUUUUUGACCACACUCAUCCCUGUGAGCUGGGUGGCCCAUACUGUCAUCAGUAACUUCUACAACCCAACACUGCUGGAUGCUCAGAAGCGAGAGAUUGGGCAGGCACUCUUCAUCGGCUGGGCCACCUCUGGCGUUCUGCUCAUCACCGGGAUCAUUGUGCUGUUUAGAUUUAGCAAACGCAGAAGAAAGGAAGAGCAGCUCUACAAUGAAACCUAUUAUAUGGUGGAAAGGGAUGAACAGAAAGGCCACAGUGUCGACCUUUCGAGGACACAAUCUAGUUUUCAAAAGCAUCAGGAAUAUGUGUAAACUGCUGUAUGCAAAUUACAAAUUAGAUGCCUCUAAAAAUGAUCUACUUAUGAACAGCAUGUAUUUAUUUUAAUCACAAUGACUGCUUGAAUCAAUCAUGUAUGUUCCAUUUAUAUUGUGCAAUAUUUGUAUGGUUUGCAGUUGCACCAAAAUAUUGGGUAAAUGCUGAUCAUGGAUGAGUAAUAGCACCUGAGAACGCUGUCUGCUCUGCCAUCAAUGUGUUUAAAUAAGUAUUUUCCUUGUUGCAAGU